CGAGGUGCCCGCCGGGAGUCGCGGGGACGGAGCCGCCGGUGCCGGGUGUGCCCCGCUCGCGCCGCGCCAUGGAGCCGCCGCUGCCGCUGCUGGCGGUGUCCCUCGUGCUGCUCUGCUCCGCAGGUCUAACAAGAAGCCUAAGUAUAACUUCAGUUGGGCAUUCAACAUUUGAAAAAGCACAAGGAGAGAAAGUUACGUUGCCAUGUACUUUUGUACUCUCAGAAGAAGAUGAAGGCCCACUAGAUAUUGAGUGGGUAUUGAUACCAGCAGAUAAUCAAAAGAAGGAACAAAUAAUAAUUAUGUAUGCUGUAGACAGGAUUUAUAAUCAUUAUUAUGCUGCUAUGACUGGGCGGAUGCAGUUUACUAAUCCUGAUCCCAGAUCUGGUGAUGGUUCGUUGGAUAUCCUGAAUUUAAAGUCAGCAGACACUGGCACGUACCAGUGCAAAGUGAAGAAGGCUCCUGGAGUUCAAAGCCAAAAAAUACAGUUGACUGUACUUGUAAAGCCAGCAAGAACUAAAUGUUCCAUUGAAGGAUCACAAGAGAUUGGAAAAGACGUUAUCUUGAAAUGUGCAUCACAAGAAGGAUCCCCACUUUUGUCUUAUGACUGGAGGAGAGUAUCUGGCACACAGGAACUUCCUGCCACUUCCAUGCUGAAUAAAAAUACAGGGGAACUUCUCUUGAAAAAUGCCUCUCAAGACUAUUCUGGUACAUACAAUUGUGUUGCCUCAAACAGAGUUGGCACGGAUGAAUGUUCUGUUGAGCUGAAUGUCACCCCUCCUAUAAAUACAGCUGGUAUAAUUGCUGGAGCUAUUAUAGGAACUCUUCUGGGUCUUUGUGUACUGGGUUUUCUCAUCUUCUGUUGCUGUAAGAAACAUAGAGAGAAGAAAUAUGAGAAAGAAGUACAUCAUGAUAUCAGAGAAGAUGUUCCGCCUCCAAAAAGUCGCAGUUCAACAGCCCGCAGCUACAUAGGCAGCAAUCGUUCUUCUCUGGGUUCAAUGUCUCCCUCAAAUAUGGAAGGAUAUACCAAAACUCCAUAUAGCCAAGUCCCAAGUGAAGACUUUGAACGCACUCCUGGUCAAAACCCAACCUUUGCACCUUCAAAGGUAGCUGCACCUAAUUUAAGUAGAAUGGGAGCUGUUCCUGUGAUGAUUCCAGCACAAAGCAAAGAUGGGUCCAUAGUAUAAAAUAUUAUUAAUUUAAAUGCUGCUUUUUUUAAGUGUUCAUUGUAAGUAUUAGAGAAAACUACCAUGUUUCAUCCCUCAUUUAAAAAAUGGCAUGCAAUUUUCCUUGAAGAAGAUGAACAAGUUUGAAAAGCCACCAAUUCUUAUUUUUAAUUUUAAACUUUUUAGCAUAUGACAGUUGAACUAUUUGCUGAAAGCAUUGAAGUUCCUAAAUAAAUGUCGGACACUGAAGGUAUUUGGACCUCUGGUAGGUUGUUGAAGAGACACUGUCAGCUAAUGUGCAGUUCUGAAUAUGUAACAGUGAGACACAAGUGAGAAGUAACAAAAGCAUUUCAUAUGUAGACCAUGAAGUUUAUCAGAGUUCCUGAAACUUUAUCCUCAAUUUUGGAAUAACAGAAGUAUUUGAACUUGGCCACUGUCUGAUGUAGUUGCAGGGGGCUGAAAUACUGAGGAUGACUUUGAAUUCUGUUCAAACUGAGUAUUUAUGCAGUUCUUUAACCUGGUAAUGUUUGUCUGGAGCACCUCUUGAGCUCUUAUUUCAGGGGCUACCAGUUAUUUGAUUGGUUCAAUUAAUUUAUUGAAUCUAUUCUGAAUUUAAAACUUCAGUGAGUGGAAAUGUGACAGGAGAUCUUGCAAACUCUUAGAAAGAUGAAUUUUUCUGUGAUAACUAGUUCUAGUCAUGUCAGAUAACUUAAUAUGUUAUCUGAUGCAAGAGGUCCUAUCACGUUGUUGGUAGUGGUAUCUAAGCUUUAAAAUCUAUAGAUCAAAUGUUACUGUCACAGUAAGAAUGAAUACGUGUCUUUAUACAGGUCUUAAGUUAAUUGUACCUUGCAUUUUCCAAAGCCUGUUUAGAUUCUAAGGCAGUGCUCUUACUUUUUUUCCAAACUGAUUACCUAAAAGCUCCAUGGUGUUUUAAUGAAAGCUGUUAAGUAACUGGUAUUUGAUAUCUGUCUCUUGCUCUAACAUCACUGUGGAAACAUCUUUUCCCAUACACAUGGAAGCAGUAGUUAGCCUUUACUUAAGAUGCUAAUAUCUUUAUGUAUGAAUUUGCAAGGAGUUUAAAGCUAAUUUCUCCUUGCCUCUUCAACAGCCCUAAAUAUUAUGAACAGACAUUUAGACUUUAAAGAGCAAGAGUUUCAUGCAGCCAGAAUCCGAGAGGAAAUAGUUAUCCAGAAUUGUUGAUACAAAUCUUGUGUUUCAAGAUUAAAAACUCUUCUUCCCAGUUUUGCAAACUUAAAGCAUUACAGGAGGAACAGAACAAUUCCUUAUCUUACCUUCACAUAUACGUAAGGACUUCUGCUAGCUUCUGAUGACUGAUACUAUAUACCAGUGGAAGCUGGAUUUAAAUCUUAGUGCAGUUUGAAUCUUUGUGGAUUUUUUUUCUUCCUUCCUAUUUUCUGCUUUCUUCUUCAUCCUGUGCUGGGGGGUGGGAGCGGGGGAGUCCCUUCAGCUUAUUCUAGCUAUAGAUGUUAAACUGCAAGGUAUUUUGGAAAACUCUAAAGGCAUAUAGUAUGUGGCACUGAUGUUGAUGAAGUAAAUACCUGAACAGCCUGUUGAAAGAUGUUAGGAUUAUUUGUAUGUAGCAACAGUGUGAGAGAAAACAUUUCCCCAAACUACUAGGUUUAGUGUCUGCUUUUUUGUAGCUGCUUAUAGAUCUGUGAUAAAUUCUUUGGCUUACUACUAAAUGUUUGUCCUGUAGUUAGGUGCACAAUUUUUGGCUGGCACUAUUAACAUAAGGAACAUACCCUUCAUACUGAAUUUAGAAACUUGAAUGGCUAUUAGUAUUCUAGACUUAGUUUUACACAUUUGGGACUUUUUUAGAUUGUAAACUGAUACUGUUAUAGAUCAGGUUUUUUUAUCUUUCAUGUGUGCCUUGUCAAUAAACUUUGCCUGAUUGUAACUUCAGUUUUUAUGAAAUUUCUGGUGCCUAAACUUACUGUUUGAACAGGUGCUUAGAUGAUGGUACAGUUCUUAAAACAUGACACUGUGAUCUGAUUUCUUGAUUCUUAUGUACUAUUUAUACCUCUUCAUGCCUAUUUUUGGAUGUGACUUCAGUGUCUCUCUCUGUAUUGUUCUGUAUUUCAAAAUGUCAGUUACUCCUUCAAUUGCUAAUUAUGAUCUAAAUGUUUAUGUUCCUGAAAACUGUUCAGUUGUUGUACCAAUGAGAUGGAUGAUUGACUUUUACUUGUGUGGUAAAUAAUAGGUUUAGUAACUGUGCCAAACAUACGCUUAUGAAGAGCAACAGAUGAGGAGACAUCUUCUUGCAUCCACUUAUUGUGAUAGAAGAGACUUCUGAGAUUUUAAUCAUACACUGAUUGUUUACCUUGAAACUAAGGCCUUCCUUAAUGAAAAGGGUAUAGUUAUUAUAAAUACAAGUUGAGUACAAAACUAAACUGAAUCACAGACUGAGAGAUAGCUAUAAACCUAAGCAACCAGGCAACAAACCUACUGAAUUUGGUUCUUGGCCAUAUGUGGACAUAUGUGAGAUGAGAUGUGGUUUUUGGUUUUUUGUUUGUUUGCUUUUGGUUUUGGGUUUUUUUUGGUUUGACCUGAGACCCUGUACUUACAGUCAGGUAAGCCCUAGGACACUCAAGAACAGAAACCUAUCUCACUAAAGCAUACAGAGCAGAGUUUACACAUGCUUAAUGCUCUGUCGGCUUGUACAAAAUAAUAAAUGGACAGAACAGAAGGACAGUGUGAUGUGCCCUCAGAGCCUAGCUGUUAGGCUUAGCAGCCUUGACAGUGUCUGUCUAUUUAUGUAAUUGCAUGGAAAAUAAAAGAAAUAGAAUCUGACAUAGUCCUUAUCUGAAAUAAAGAACCUCUGACUUGGGGUAAACUUUGCCUCAAGUUGCUAUCAUCAUGCCUUUUUGAAUGGAUACAACACUACUAUGAAAACAUAAUACUGCUAUUAUAAAUUAUUUCUUUUGUCAAUAGAUUGUUCACUUACACUGGAUUAUGAUUCUCAAAAGCAGCUAGUAUAGUUUAGCAAUGAUUUCUAGCUGUGUAGGUCGUGAACUGGUUAAACACGUGAGGUGUCCGAUCUUACAGAUAACUGCGAACAGAACUCUUUUAGGAAGUAAUGGCAGCUGAAAUAUCAGUUAGAAGGUGGCAUUUUUAAUGUCUCAUUUUAUUAAGAAAAAAGGGGUGGGGUGGGGUGGUACCAUUAUGUAAAUACUCUAAGUGAACUCAAGAAACCUAGUUAAUGUCAUGACUGUAAACUUGCCUGUUGAGGACUACUAUAUAUAGGAGAAAACCCUCAAUUUAGUAUGGUGUGAAUAAAGUGUUAGACUUGUAAUACUGUAGAGGUUACGUAACACUUGUCCAUACAUUACAAACAUUUUCAUAAACUUUCUGAAAUGCAUAUUUAAAGAUACUUGUUUGAAACUUUCUUACCUAAAAAUGAAUACUUCUUCCAAAACUCUGUAGUGCACAGAAAUGCCUUGUUGGAGGGAUAAAACAUGACUUUUGAAAGAAAUGUACAUGCAUACAUCUUUAUCAACUGAUAGUCGCAUUCAUGUUAGAUGUAUGCUUCCUGCUUAAUAGUACAAGUAAGACUUCUUAAUUGCAAGUUUUUCUGUAAUGCUGAAUAUUGUAUAUUACUGGUUUCCAUGAUAAACUUUUGGUUUUGUUCUUAACAGUGUACUAUUCUGGAUCACUUUAGAUCUUUGUUCCAGUCUAAAGACAUAAUACUAUUUGUGUCACUUAAACCUUGUUUUAUACACUUGAUAGGUGCUUUAUGGGACCCUUUGAUUAUUGGUCCUCUAGCAUUGAGGCACAGCUCAACUGAAAUUGGAGCAAUAAUAUUUCCUGGGAUCCAAAAUGUUAUGAUGUUACAUCACACUUCUCAUGCACAAAGCAUGGACUUGAAUAUUGAUAUGAAUUUCAGUAUGAGGUUUUAUAUUCACACUUUUGGGGGAGUGGUAUUUUAAAAUAGAAGUAUUGUGAGUGAAUUUGUAAAAACAAAAUCCAAAAUUUUAAAAUGCUGUAGUUCCAUGACAGACUUGUGUACUUUUUGAAAUAAAACUGUUGGAGAAAA